AUGAAGUCCCUUUGCUGUGUGGCUUUCGAUACACUUUCCAGAAAACUUAAACCAGAUUUUUCGCCCGUUUCCUUGUCCCAGUUCGCCAAGGAGCUCAAUGAGGACUUGAAAUCCAUUCCAAAUCUGGCUCCGUUGUUUGUAACAUGGGACAAAAAUGGCAAUUUGCGGGGGUGCAUCGGUACGUUUCAGCCACAAGAAACGGAAAAAGGUAUCCAGAAAUUUGCAUUGACGGCUGCGUUGCGCGAUACAAGGUUUCCUCCAAUCAAACUGAGCGAAUUGGCUUCCUUGGAGGUUUCGGUGACGUUAUUGGCAAAUUUCACUCCGAUUACUAAAUGGGACAAUUGGGAUAUUGGAGCUCAUGGAUUGAAAUUGAGCUUCACCCUUGAUGGUGGGUACUAUUCUGGCACGUUUUUGCCCAGUGUGGCCUCGGAGCAAGGCUGGGACAAGUUGACUACUGUUUGGUAUUUGUUACGGAAGGCAGAUUAUGGCAAUAUUUCCAAGUCUAAAACACCCCAAUUUUACCAGAAAGGACUUGAAGAAGGAUGGUUACAGUUGGAAAGAUACGAUGGGCUCAAGUAUGACAUGACUUAUGAAGAAUACGAAAACGUUAGACAAGGAAUUAAACUCUAA